CUUGGUUCAGUUGCAAAUCACAGCGCUAAAGAAGAUGGAUCCCAUUAUUAGCAAAGUGUUGGUGUUGUUCUUUGCAUUUUUGCUUGGGAGUGGAAAUGCUCAAGAUUCUACCACUUUGGUGCCUGCUAUCAUUACAUUCGGUGAUUCUGCCGUGGAUGUUGGAAAUAAUAACUAUCUUUACACUAUUUUCAAGGCCAAUUACCCUCCAUAUGGAAAGGACUUUGUGAACCAUCAGCCCACUGGCAGGUUUUGCAAUGGAAAACUUGCUACUGAUUUCACUGCUCAAACUUUAGGAUUUAAGACCUUCCCAUUGCCGUACCUUAGCCCAGAGGCAUCAGGUAAGAAUCUUCUCAUUGGAGUCAACUUUGCCUCAGCUGCAUCUGGUUACGAUGAGAAUGCUGCCCUCUUAAAUCAUGCACUCUCACUGCCCCAACAAGUUGGAUUGUUCAAGGAGUACCAGGGCAAGCUAGCUAAGGUAGCUGGUAAUGAAAAAGCAGCAUCCAUAAUCAAGGAUGCACUCUACUUGCUAAGCGCAGGAAGUGGCGAUUUUCUGCAGAAUUAUUACAUCAAUCCUUACGUUAAUAAGGUCUACACUCCCGAUCAGUACGGAUCGAUGCUCAUCGGAGCAUUUACAACAUUUAUUAAGGAUAUAUAUGGUUUAGGAGCUAGGAGAAUUGGAGUGACUUCACUUCCUCCAUUAGGUUGCUUUCCUGCUGCUCUCACCUUGUUUGGCAACCAUCAAAAUGGGUGUGUCUCAAGGAUUAAUACCGAUGCGCAAGCCUUCAACAAGAAGCUAAAUGCUGCUGCAGAAAGCUUGAAAAACCAACUUCCAGGUUUUAGAAUUGUCGUCUUCGACAUUUACAAGCCACUCUACGAUGUCAUCAGUUCUCCAUCGAAAAAUGGCUUUGUGGAAGCUAGAAAAGGCUGCUGUGGAACAGGAACAGUGGAGACAACAUCACUUUUGUGCAAUCCCAAGUCCUUGGGUGGAACUUGCUCUAAUUCAACUCAAUAUGUGUUUUGGGAUAGUGUUCAUCCAUCUGAGGCUGCUAAUCAAGUUCUUGCUGAUGCCUUGAUUCUCCAGGGAUUCUCUCUCCUCUAGACCACAAAACUCCAUACAAAUGAUCUGCAAUCCAAAAGUUUGUACUGUGUUUUAUUUAUGUGUGAGGAAAUUUGUUCUAUGUACUGAUAUUAUAAGCAACAUGUGAUGAUUCUGUUUUGGAAGUUUGUUUUAUUCUAAGUUUGUUUUUAUUAGAUACGAAAUUGGGUUUAGCACGUGAGUUUUAUGAUUAUAAAAGUUGAUAUUUAGUAUAA